AAAUAGACAUAAAGUAAUCUCAAGAAAGUCCAUAAAAACUUAUAUUUAGAGACAAAUAAGUUUUUUUAAUGAGUAAUUAUAAUUAGGGAUAGAGAGAGUAUUUUAUAACGUUGUGAUGUUAGAAGCUUUAUUGAUUUUUCUUUCACUAACCUUUUCAUUUUGUUUCCUAACAUUAAAGACAAGAUAUCCAAAUCCAGUGGUAUAUAGAAAGUUUCGUCGAGGAUCAGCUGCAGCCAAAAUUCCCCGGAAGCAAACUCAGGAUAAAGUAUUGCCUAACAAUAAGGCCUACAUCAAUUAUGAGAGCCAAGAGUGGAGCACUACAGAGAGUGAGGAUGAGGGUCAUUCUGUGCUUCAUGAUGAAAAGGGAAAACAAGAACCUAGGAUGUCAAUACAAAAAUACAGCAACAACUACUCCACCAAAAUAAGGAAAAAGAAAAGCAGCCAUAAUGACAGGAUAAAGGCAAACAAGGAACAUGGUGUUUCUCGUUCCUCCUCCCAUGUGAUAUACGUGAAAGACACGAUUGAAACUUCAGAUUGCAACCAACAACAAAGAUUAACAGAAAAUCUUCACGGUUCUUGCAAAUCAUUUAUACGGUUCUGUUCAACACAGAUAAUUUGUCCACAAGAAGAUCGUUCUGCAUUAGCAGUUAAAUUAUAUGGAGUUCAAGCAGCACUAUUAUCUUCCUUAGGAAACCCCUUUGAAAAUAUAAAUCCAUGACCUCAAAAAGCAGCUCACAAAUACUAGUAGUAGUAAGCUUAGGGAAAGCCUUUACUGGAUUUUUACCUGCAAUGAUAUGGACUGGCAUGAUCACAGUGAGCUAUUUUUACACAGUGAUGGUAGUUUGGUCUUUGGCUUUUCGGGUUCCUAUUAUCUCUAUGUUAUGUCUUUCUCUUUUAUAUUGUUUGUCUGUGUUGGUGGCUGCUACUUCAGGCUUUAAUGUCAUAUGGGGCACAUUUAGAAUUAACGGUGUUUUAUUUGCAUCUUUAGGGGUUCUUAGUUUUGUUAUGAUCCUUCUUGUUUUGGUCAUGUUGGUGCUUUUUACUUGCUGGCGACGCAUAAACGAAGAUGGAGUGAAGUGACUACUUGGUGUUUUAAGUAUUGUUUGCAGAUAUAUCAUUAUUUAACACCAUUAUAUUUGUAGUAUUAAUUUCUCUGAUUCCAUUGUAUAAAAUAUAUAGUAUGUACAAAAUUAAGUUCUAGAUGAUUUAAUA